CUCUACUUCUGCUACAACUGAUACCCUGCUCAGCAGUACAGUACAGCAACUGCUUCUCGCUUUCAAAGUUGCGUCUUGAAACCUUUCAGCAUUAUUUCAAUCGGUCCAGGUAGUAUGGUGGGAGCGGCGGCCGCUGUGCAUCUGCACGCCUCUCCUGUUGACAGCGGUUUCGUUCUUGCUCAGAUAAAGGACAAGGUAACAAAGCAAUGACAACUCCGUUUCUGUUCUCAUCGAAAUUCAUUUGCGUUUCAUUGUCCAUGAUGACAAUGGAGAGAUGUUUGCCAUGCUGUGUUCUGUCGGUUUUAUCGUUUAGCUUUCUUACUAGAGGUUUGUGGUUGCGUGAGACGUCCAACUUCCUAUACAUUGGCCAGAUCAGAUCAUGGCUUCAGCAAGUCAAGGGCGUAAUGGCCUCGCGCAGAAGCUCGAUACCUCUUAUACCAGUUUCAGCUCUACCGAGGGCAUGCGUUCGCCACGAACCCCUACGUAUAUCCCGGAGUCUGCAUCAACAGCAACGCUGAUGCCUUUCGACCACGCCGAGUACCUCGACAAGGUCACUUCCAAACCAACCAAGCGGCUCGUUGCCCCUCCACCACCCGGACUGCCCAGUGCCUGGAUCUGGACUUGUCAUUUGUGCCAUUCCCGAUAUCCUCUCGGCGUGACUCAGCGAUGUCUCGUCGAUGGCCAUUACUACUGCUCCGGUGAAACAGAUAAGCCAAGCUUGAGGAAGAGGAAGAAGCCCAAAAGCUGUACGAGCGAGUUUGACUAUCAUUCAUGGAAACAAUGGGGUGAUUGGCGUCGAAAGGUCCUACAGUCCAUGGACAAUCCGAGGAUCCUGAGAGGAUGCGACUUUUGCGACUAUCCAAGUCAGUGCCGAUCCGUUUCUGACGCAUCCCCUGUCGCAGAACUCCUCACAUCGGAAGGGUUCGGCUCUGUUUCUUCUUCAGUAUCAGGUAGCGAACCGCCAGAGCAAGAACAAAGGCAGACUAAGGUUGGAGCUACCACAUCGAAACAGAAUGUCGACCUUGAGAACAUCCUGAACGGUGUUCCCUCAAGCAACAAGAAAAGCAAGGGGAAGUCGGGCAAGUCUACGACAAGCCGCUCAACGCGAUCUGCGAAGGACACAAACCAGGCAUAUUCGAGGCAAGAACUUGUUACUGGGUCACAACCACUCUUGAUUCCUUCGUUACAAGAAGAAAUGGCGAAGGAGGCAGCCAGGUUGAGGGAGCUUAUCGGGUUGGACGUGUGGGGAGAUCUGCAUGAAGUGGAAGCUGAAAAGGCAAAGGUUGAAUGAUGAUUUGACGGACAGUGUACAUAUGCACAAGCUCGGUUUUGGAGUCCUCCUUAGGCCGGGCAAUCUAUUUUCCAAGCAGCCCGCCAACAUACUCCCCAAUAGCAAGCAUCUUCUCCUCGGUAUA